AUGGCGUCACCAAAUACAAAUGAUUCGUUCUUACAAUGGGAUCCAGCCCAAGUUUGUAACUAUAUUAAUUCCCUUAACUUGGGGGAUCAGACAAGUCUUGGGGAUUGCUUCCUUGAUAAUAAUAUAGAGGGUUCGUUGCUUCCGUUUAUAACAACCGAGCAUCUCAAGGAAAUAGGUGUUACGAAGUUGGGUACAAGGUUGCAGAUAAAGAAAGCUACAUCGGAGCUUAUUGCCAACCAUUACCACAAGCAUCCUCCCACAUCACUUAAUGAUCCAGAAUACCGGUUUAAUAACCUCAAUAUCAAUAAUAACUGUAUUGGGCUCGAGUCGUUGACAUUGGCGACUGUGUUGAUGAAAGAUAUGUUGGUCAAGUUGAAUGAAACGUACCAGCAGAACAGAUCAUCGAUGCCAUCACCAUUGUCACCAGGUACACAAUUUGAUAUGAAGAAAUUGAACGAGAAUUUCAAUAAGUUGAAGACUGAUAUGAUUCCAAUAAUCCGACUUGUGAAAGAAUCGAAGCCACUUCCCACUCCUACGCUAGACCCUGGAUCAGCGCCUAUAGAGUCACCAAGCACAUCGUCGUUUACUGAGCAACAGAAGGACUCCGGACAAGGCCCGGCUGUGGGUCAGCAAUCACUGCAACCGACAAUAGUACGGAGUGAUAGUGUAAACACUACAGUUACCAAGAGAAAUUCGGACCUGACAAGUCCCAAUCAUCCCAAUUUUAAUAGAUUUUCUUCUGGCUCCUUGUUGUCGAUGGGAACCGGAAAAGUGGUACAGCAUUCUGUGGCUAAACCUAUUAUGCAAGAGCGUAACCAGCCCGAUUUCACAUUACUGAGGGCCAAUUCUUCACUUGGUAACAGAAGCAAGCCAAAACUAGUGGAAAGCAGGUCCGCAGGAUCGGUCAAUUCAGGAACCACUACAAAACCUCCACCUUUGAAGCAACAUCCUUCGUCGCUGGGAUCAGUACACACCACAUCAACAGCUAACGCAUCGGCCGCUCCCAGUAACGAACCCUUGAAACAAUUGCGGGCUUCUUCAGAAGACUCGUGUCUUAAGAUUCUUCAGCAAGCAAUGAAACGUCACCAUAUUCCGCGCGAUGACUGGCUGAAGUACGUUCUAGUUAUCUGCUAUGGUGACAAAGAGAGAAUACUCAAAUUGGCAGAAAAACCGGUAAUCAUAUUCAAAGAACUCCAAGAACUAGGAAAACACCCGGCAAUCAUGCUUAGACAGCUAGCUGCGACUGUGACGGACGACAACGACAGCGAAUUGUACGAAGACUCCCGUAUCGGUGACGAUGUCCCUGGUGGCACGUUGUGA